CCCUUCUUAACGCUAAGUCGAUGAGGAAAUAGGCAUAAGCAUGGCUGCUCGGGCAGUUAUAUCCACAUAAAUAUAAAUGAAAUUUGUUAAAAUAUAUUUCUCACCAGAAGACAAAGACUCAGAUUAAUUGCAGCUCAUGCAAAUAAGUAAGUUUAGAGGUUAUUAACCCGCGCAAUGGACCACAGUGGCGCUGACAUACCUAGCAUAGCCUACAAAGUUUUCACGUUUGAAGAAAGCAAGCAGAGCACCCCGGAGUCGCUGUCUGUCUCCAUACCCGAGGUUCUCGACCCACGGUAUGGCAUGUAUGUGUGGCCUUGUGCGGUGGUCCUAGCACAGUUUCUGUGGACCCGAAGAGCAGAGCUGAGAGACAAGACAGCGCUGGAGCUCGGUGCAGGUGUGAGUCUGCCAGGUGUGGUGGCCGCGAGCUGCGGUGCAAAGGUGAUCCUGUCAGACAGCGCUGAGUCUCCGCUGUGCCUGGAGAACUGCAGGCGCAGCUGUGAAGCCAACCGCCUCCGUGAUGUGGUCGUGGUGGGUCUCACCUGGGGGGAAAUCUCACCAGAUCUCCUCCUGCUUCCUAAACUGGACAUCAUCUUGGGAUCAGAUGUUUUCUACGAGCCACAAGAUUUUGAAGACGUCCUUGUGACUGUUGCGUUCCUGCUAAGAAGAAACCCCACAGCUCAGUUCUGGACCACAUACCAAGAGAGGAGUGCCGACUGGUCGAUCGAAGCUUUGCUGCGCAGGUGGAAGCUGAGCUGCGUCGACGUUCAGCUGGGAACGUUCGGUGCUGAUAAACUGGAGCUGGCUGGAUCAAGUCUCCCAGGCAGCCAUAGUGUCCUCAUGAUGGUGGUCACACUGAAGACUGAAGACGUUGGACUGUAAACGUCCCCCAGAGGGCUGCCUGUGACACGUGGUGGUCUUUACGUGGUUGGGUGUGUUUGAUGCAGAAUUUAGGACAAGCUGCUUUAGAAAAGCAGCUCGUAAAAUACGAGUAUCCAGCGUAACACCGACGUAACCACCAACCGCUGCACCCAGUAUAGUUGCUGUAGAUACGCUUGGCUGUAGCUAAAGCCACAGUUAGCUCAGUGAAGUUCAGCAGCAUUUCCUGUGUCGUGUCUCUGAGCGGACAGGCUGUUACUGUGGGAGGCGUCCCAUCAGUUUACACACACAUUUGACUGUUUGCUGUGGUGUAUCAGUCUGAACUCACCACUCUCUGCCUGUGAAAGCAUCUUUCAGUGACCCGUUGACUCCAGAAGGACAUCAGAUCAAAGUAGGACAUUUUGUUCUCUCACAGAUUAGCUUCAUGUUCUGGAUCAGUAUUUCUUUUUGUAGUUUUUAUCUUUGUUUUGCUUUAAUUCACCAUUAAACCAUUUAUGAGCUCCAUACAAAUAAG